UGUCUAACUGAACGGUCAGUCAGAACAUCAAAACCAAACAAAGCGGUGUCCUCUUGCUCGUGAUGCGCGUAAAGUUAAUUUGGUAGGCGCUUACAAACUCUUCGGCUAAAUUUCAGCUACCAAUGAAUUCAGAAAUGCACAUCAGUGAAACCAACACCGCUGCCUCCACCACCAUCACCACAAGACGGAGCACCAGCAUCGCUAACCGUACUGUCCCAACCACCCUACGAACGGUGCAGUGUGGAAAUAAUGGCAAGGGGACAAAAGUGUUGCUUUUCCCUAAGCCCGACUACGCCACUAUUCAACGCGCAAUUCAAAAGCGAUCGGUAGCCUAUGAGCAACCGGAGCCUACCAAAAAACUAAAGGUACAAGUGGAGAGACCAGUACAACAGUCCCAAAACCGAACAGCACACCAGCCAAACAGUUCUACCGGCUUGCCUAUUGACAGCUCCUCACGCGAUGAUCUAGCCGAUUUGGAUAGCGCGUUGUACUCGCCGCCAGAAUACAUUGUCCAAAAAGUUAUGGGAGAUUGCACCGAAGACACCAUUACGGACCCCCUCUCCAAUCCUUGCCCCGUCCCCGUUUCGAUUGCUUCUGACCGCUCCACAACAGUCGAGGCAACCAGCCUCCAUCCCAUCUGGGUGCAGUCACCAUCACCACCGCUAUCACCACAUUUUGUAUCACUAACAGAAUCGUCGAUUCAGCCGUUGGAGCGACCUCUUGCUGCAGGAGUCGUAGAUCCCAAUGCCGUUCCAGCUCCUACCGAUGUGCUGCAGCUGAUAGCCGAGCUAUCAGCCACUAUGAAUCGUCGCUUCGACGAACUAGCCGCGCAAAUAGAGUCCCUACAUAAAGGAGUUUCCGUCGUUCGGCAGACCGCGUUGAUUACGGAGGCUGUGCUAAAUCGGGUUCAGAAUGCGGCAUGUCCUAAUUUGGAGGGAAGUGCUCCUCCCAUCUCGGAGGGCUUCAUAGUGCAGCCCAUACGAUCGAAGGAGGAGCUCAACGCCAUGGAGCAAAAGUUGGGCGAAAAGCUUUACAUGGAAGACUGCGUGGGUUGGCUACAAAAAAAGCUGGUGAGUCCGCUCAUGAACAAAAGGCUCAUGAAAGCGAAGAACCUGGUGUUCGAUGCGACUUUUGCUAAGAAUUGCCGGUGGUCUGCACGGAAUAAUAAAAUUGCGUUGUCGUCUUUUCCUAACGUGUGUGAGCUGUUCCGGAGGGCUGCAUCCACAUCAACAGCCUCCGUUACACCAUCAGACGUAAGUGAUUUUUUUACACGUGUAUUGCGUUAUGUAAAGUAAUCCGGUAGGCUUUAUUUAGUUUAUUUAGUAUAGAUGUGUUAGUAGUUAAGUUAGGAAAAAGUGUAUUAAUAUACAGUUUAUUGCAUAUGAGACACUUUAAUUUUAUAAAUUUUCUAUUAAUUAAGCUUCUCUUCAUGAGCGAUUGCUUCAAUUAUUCCAUUGCGUGAUCAGGUCAAAAGGUUUUUUUAAACAACACCCACAGUCUGAAGACAGCGCCACAGUAGGUUUGCAAAAUUCACCUUGUCGGUUGCAACACUCUCCUAUUUCAUUGCAAAUUUCCACAGUAUGCUUGCAAAAUUCUUCUACCAAUUUGCAAUAUUCCCCUCAGCGGUUGACGGUCGGCAAACUUUGCGUCCGAAAGAGCCAAAUUAUUCAAAAAAGUUCUGUUUAAGUUCUAUGAAAAAUUUUAACGGGUUAGAGCCACCACCCCGACAUUAAAGAGCCGCAUGCAGCUUGCAAGCCUUAUUUUGCGUAAUCCUGCCCUAAGUGAUUGAACUAUUCGCUUAUAUGAUUCGAACCCCUGUAAAUUGAUGUUACAGUCACAGCCCGUUGCAAAAAUUUAGAGAUAUUUUCAAACUAGAAUUUUUAUGCUAUUAGAUUGCUAUAUUAUAUUGCUGAGUAUCGAUUUGGCUUUUAAAUAGAAAGAUUGUUAUGAAUGGUAUGUCAUAUUUUGGCCUAAUUAUUUUAAAAUCAUAAUUUGAAGUUCAAUUAUUGAUGGUACACAUAUGAUUAAAGAAACAAAACCACCACCUUAGAGAGCAUAAUUGAGUUUAAUCUCCCCUGUAGCAAUAUUAUUUCAGUUAUUCGGUCAGAAAAUCAAGCGGUUGAAUGAAAAUUAUACCACACAACUCCUCGAUUGCAAAGAAACACUAAACAAAUACAAUACCAAAAAAAGCAUCGGAAAAUAAAAAAAAAUCACAAAACAUGACUGGAGGAGUAGUACAAAAGGAAGAGUAGUAGAAAUACAAAAGAUAGACGAACGAAUGAUAUAAUUGCUGACCUAUUUUGUGGAAUCAUUGGAUGCCCGGGAAUAUUGAAAAAAUAAAAAAUAAUAAUAACUGUUGAUUUGAACCAACGCAAGAUGAUUCACGUGAGAACUAGAUUUAAUGAUGAAAACGCAGAACGAAUUCUAUAGCAAAUAGAAAGAGAAUUAUGCUGUCAAAAUUAGGAAUAAAGAAAAAGCUAAUUUCAGAAAUACGCAAUACGGAUCGAAUGAACCCAUUACGGUAAUGACGCGCGAUUUCAAUGCACGUGUAAGCCAGUUUGAGUUUAAAGAAAUGACACGACAAUUUAGAGAGCGAAUAAGAUUCGUAUACUGUCUUUCCCCGAAUUACGCGAAUAAUGCGUUCAGGAGACAUUCGCGUAGUUCGGAUUUUCGAAUAUCAAGUAUAUUUUGGCUGUAAAACGUGAUUAAUAAUGAUUUUUUGAUUGAAUUUAGUUCAUUUAUGUAAUAUUUUACUUACUUAAUGCAAUUCGUGAAGAAAAUUCAAUUAAUUAUGUCUUUUUUGUGACUGAAAUUUUUUGGAUAAAUUUCAAGUUAUUAUUCAUGUGACAAAUGAUGGAGAAAAUUGUACUGAUUUGGCAAAUAACAGCAGGCGAUUUCGCAUUCCUUCCAUCAAAAAGAUCCAGUCAUAGAAAUACAACACCUCACUACUCAUAAAAAAGAAAAGAAAGCAAAAAAGAAAACAGCCGUUGCAAAGACGAACUACACUAAGGACUUCAUGCAAAUUGUUUACAUUUCAUGUUUUUAAAUGCCCAUAGUCCCAAGUGAAAUAUUUCACUUGCGUUAUUUGCAUAUGCGUUUCACCGAUAAACGCAAGGUGGAUUUCAAAAUAUCAGGUGGUGGACUCUAGUGCAUUUGGACAAUUCGUCACUUUACGUAAGGUCCCCAGGAUUCAAACACUGUUUACAUUUUUUUAAAUGGUUCAUUUAAUUUUUAUACCACAUUUUUUCGAUUAAAUAUUCUUUAAAAAUAUAUUUUGGGCUUUCCGGGUUCAAAUUUAACAUUAAAAAAUAGAUUUAAGUGUGUUAUUUUGUGUUAUUCCGUAAAUUUAUUCUAUAUUUCAUUGUGUUUUAAAAAUUGUUGGGGAUAAAAACUAAGAAAUUACAUUUUUUUUAUUUUCGCAUUUAUUCCUCAUUAUCUACGAGUCGUAUGGAUAAUUUACGUAUGAUUAGAACUCAUACUCACAUGAUUUUACAUUUCGUGCAUAAACAAAUCAUCAAAUCUUUUGUUAAUAUAUCUCAUUUUUUACAAUAAAAUCAAUAGAAACACAAAAAUGCACGUAGUAAUAAAGAAAUCUUUUCUAUUUGCUACACUUCGCGUGCGGAAACCAUUGGUUAACGGUUUUAAAAUGACGUAAAGUCCCUCAACUAUGGCGACCCACCAAAGGCCCUUAUCCACCACCUGAUAUAAUUAAUCCACCUUGGAUAAACGAAACGAUUGACAGGUGCUGUUUUUGUGUGUAUUGGUAGGGAAUUAGAUCGCGGUAAUAAGCUGCCAUAAUGAUAUUCAUCUUGUAACCGACCACGAAGGAGAAACGGCUCUCGACAGCGCGCGUUAAAAAUAAAGUUUUGUAAAAUUGUGGAA